AUGCACCCGGAUGAGCACAAAACCAUCGACAACAGCGACUUCCUCGAGUCGAUCCAAGAGCACGAUGCCUUCCGUUCUGGCCGUUCUAGCCGAAUGACGGCUCCAUCAAUCUGUACGGACUCCAGCGUCACUGAGCACUGUUGUUCAGAGGAGUAUACCCCAAAAGACUCGGAGCAAAAGGUCAAGAGUCUGGUCGAGAAGCGUUCGAGGUCGAUCAAACAUUUGCUCUCGGAGAAGCCGGCGAACCGGGCUGGUCAGCCGGUCCGGAACUCGGUCGACAGCAAGAUCACUGCCGUUGAUUCGCUUGACUCGGUCUCGUCCAGCUGCCGAUAUCCGCCUGAUGCCCAGCUCAAGCCCCAGUCCUUCCAGCAUCGCUCGAUCUCGCCAUUCGCCUUGGACUCCCUCUCUAGCUUCAGCCUCUCCGAGCACCACCCGUACUUUUCUCCGCCCUCCCAACCACCGCCGACUUGCCCCCUACCGCCGCUGCCGGUCAACCCCCCGCCGUCGUCGCUCCCAGCUCGGUCGAGCUCCUCAGCUUCCAAUAUUAGUCUGUUGCCCCACUCUAGGCCCACGCCUGCUCUCUGCCUGCCCUCUCGUCAACAGCAUCACGAUCUCCCGCGUCUGCACUCCCAAGUUAGUCUCCAACACGUCCAUCCGUGUACUUCCUAUCGACAGGCGCUCCAGCCAGUCGACGAUAGCUUCUAUGAUGAUGACCCGUUCGCGGCCGAAAGGAUCGUGGUGACCGGGCGCCAUCCACAUCCCUACUCGGGAUGGUCUGAUGACGAGUCCGUCGACCCGCUAGGCCCGAUCCCUCAUCAUCUAUGGGCGGGCUAUGUCUUUGCUGCCACCCCGCACGUUCCGGCGCAGGAACCACCUCCUACCUCAAACUCGACGAGUGGCGAGGAAAGUCAAGAAGGAGUGAUCACCCCAGCUACCUCUGAUGAGAAUGAGGACCUGAGUCAAAUUGGGAGCCCCCAAUUACAUCGAUUGACUAUCGAGGCCCCAUCCAGUGCGAGCAAGAAUAUCCUCUUCAAGCCAACUCCUCCGCCACUUGCGGAGACUUUCAGUUUCGGAUUACCGAGUCGAUUCGAUGGAUUCUUCUUCGGAUAUCAUCGACGUCCUGAUCAGAAGUACCAUUCCGCGCCGGCGAUGAGUCUCAAAGUCUCGCCGCCGAUCAGCUCGACGGCCUUUAGUCCGGGAGACUCGAUCCGAUUCAAGAUCACCCUGGCCAAUCUGUUCGACCAUGUGAUCGUGAGCUUUGUGGGCGAAUCUCGCUUGCUUGGCGAGCCGAAAAUCAAGUCCCAUCGGUUCCUUAAACAUGAAAUCGACCUCGAUGCUCCCGGGAAAUGGGCCUGUUGGGAGGUCCAACGUGGCGUCGAUCCAAAGGAAUGGCUCGUUCACUUGAAAAUACCGAGUCUCUCUAAUUGCAAUUGUGAAGAAAAAUCGGACAAGACUCAUUUCGGAGAAGUCGAUAUACCUUCGAGCACCAUCAAUAACAAGGUGUUUAUUGCUUAUCAUUUGAUCAUCAGAGGGAUUGGUAAACAGAAGAAGAACGUCGAGAAGGCGUCCAACGCUCUCAAGAAGAAAAAGAAAUCCAAGGGUGAAGAAAGGGUCCGCUUAACAGUGAUGGUCAAGAAACAAAGAUCUGCGGAGCCGGAGCCUGAGAAGAUCUGGGUGGCCGGCGACCAUAAUUACUCUUGUGUUUCCAUCGAAUGA